ACAGAACGGAACGUAGAUCGCCCUUGCCCAGCUCGUACCGUGCCGUACCAGUUCCCACACCAUGGCGAAUAACCGAGACCACGCCAGCGACCAGAUGAAGAACUGGAAGGAGCAGCAGGGCUCGCAGAAACCUGAUAUCCUUACCACCGGAGCUGGUGUUCCAGUAGGAGACAAACUUAAUAUUCUGAGUGUUGGACCUCGGGGGCCUCUUCUUGUUCAAGAUGUGGUUUUCACUGAUGAAAUGGCUCACUUUGACCGGGAGAGAAUUCCUGAACGAGUUGUCCAUGCUAAAGGAGCAGGAGCAUUUGGAUAUUUUGAAGUCAGUCAUGACAUUACCAGAUAUUCCAAGGCAAAGGUGUUUGAGAGUAUCGGGAAAAGGACUCCAAUUGCUGUUAGAUUCUCUACAGUCGCUGGAGAAUCUGGAUCAGCCGACACCGUCCGUGACCCUCGAGGCUUUGCCGUGAAAUUCUACACUGAAGAGGGUAACUGGGAUCUCACAGGAAAUAACACCCCCAUCUUCUUUAUCAGGGACCCACUUUUGUUUCCAUCCUUUGUUCAUAGUCAGAAGAGGAACCCUCAAACCCACCUGAAAGAUCCUGACAUGGUCUGGGACUUCUGGAGUCUUCGCCCUGAAUCUUUGCAUCAGGUCACUUUCUUAUUCACCGACCGAGGGAUUCCAGAUGGUCAUCGUCAUAUGAAUGGAUAUGGAUCUCAUACCUUCAAACUGGUUAAUGCCUCGGGAGAAGCAGUUUACUGCAAAUUCCAUUAUAAGACUGACCAAGGAAUCAAAAAUCUUUCUGUCGAAGAGGCUGGAAGACUCGCUCGGGAUGAUCCCGAUUAUGGCUUGCGGGACCUCUACAACGCCAUCGCGACGGGCAACUACCCGUCCUGGACAUUUUACAUCCAGGUCAUGACCUUCGAGCAAGCAGAAAAAUUUCCAUUCAACCCGUUUGACCUCACGAAGAUCUGGCCUCACAAAGACUAUCCUCUCAUCCCAGUGGGGAAGUUGGUCUUAAACAGGAACCCUAGCAAUUAUUUUGCAGAGGUGGAACAACUAGCCUUCGAUCCAAGUAACAUGCCACCCGGCAUCGAGGCGAGCCCCGAUAAAAUGCUGCAGGGUCGCCUUUUUGCAUACCCUGAUACUCACCGCCAUCGUCUAGGACCCAACUAUCUUCACUUACCUGUGAACUGCCCUUACCGAACCCGAGUGACCAACUACCAAAGAGACGGACCCAUGUGCAUGUUCGACAACCAAGGCGGGGCUCCCAACUACUACCCCAACAGCUUUGGGGCUCCCCAGGACUCGCACAUGGCCCUGGAGCACCGCUUCCGGACCUCGGGCGAUGUGCAGCGCUACAACAGCGCCAACGAGGACAACGUCACCCAGGUGAGAGAAUUCUACAGAAGGGUGCUGAACGAGGGCCAGCGCCAGCGCCUGUGUGAGAACAUCGCCCAGCACCUGAAGGACGCCCAGCUGUUCAUCCAGAAGAAAGCCGUAAAAAACUUCAGCGAUGUGGAUAGCGAGUACGGGCGCCGCAUCCAGGUGCUCCUGGAUAAAUACAACGCGGAGGGGCACCAGAAGGCGAUUCACACCUAUGCCCAGGCUACUCAUUUGACUGCGAAGGAAAAAGCGAAUCUCUGAGCUCAUCGGAGGCGUCUCUUCACAGCUCGAGAGUGAUUUUACAGAUGAAGCUACAAGAGGUUACUCCGUAGGGUCAGUUACUACACAUACAGCAUGUCUGUUUGCCAGAUACCCAGAGAAAGGCCUUGCUUUGUAGAAAUAGUCACAUUUUGCCACAAAUAAUGAUGAUUGCCCUUUCAUACUUUGGACCCCACGUUUAUUACUUGGGGAAAAUAAUUUUUCGUGUUUAUGUUGGAAAUGAAGGUUAAUCCAGUGCCAUUUACAAAGUGUCUUUUGUUGCUGAUGGCUGAUUUCAUUUGACAUGAACGGAGGAAAAUUGCUUAGUGGAAUUAUCAAUUUAUCUGAUAAAAAUGACCUCAAGAAAUUAAUGUUUUCAUCUCACCUCAUUGCUUCUUAGACAAGAAGAAAAAAGAUUUUCUGGAUGGAUCAGUGUUUUAAAAAAUCAGUUUCCUUGUAGGGAAGACAUUUUGUGGAGCACUUUUUUCAGGAAUCUGCCUCUAUCAUGUAUGUCGAGGUCAUUGUUUCUCCUUGGAAAUUGUCAUCCUCUAGUUUUCUUUUAUCUUCAAAUUAUGUUUGUAUUAAUGACGUAUUGAUUUUUACAAAUUAAUUGAUUUGUAAUCCUAUUUGCAUUUUACAGUAAAAUAAUCUCUAAGCAAA